UCGCCCGAGGCGCUGUGGCUGUUGGAGGAAUACGAAGAGGCGAAUGAGGCGAAGCAAAAGGAGACGCCGGCGGCGGAGGAGGAGUGGGAGGAGGAGUGGGAGGAGGAGGAGGAGGAGGAUGGGUUGAGCCAAGUGGAGCGCAGAUACCGACGCCAGCGACGCGGCAAGGCGAAGUGGCGUGGCAACAUGUCGCGUCCGCGAAGGACGAACGAGCGAUUGAGCGUGUGGUCGCCGAGCCGGACGAGUUGGUACCAGAUUCUGUGUCUGGUGAUGGAGGCUCAGAUUGAACUGUUCAAUUGGCCCAACAGCUCCAAAGCGAGUGCGUCGGUGCGUCAGUUGACGUACUGGCGCGGCCGGCAUUUCGUGGCAAGGGUCGAACUGUAUCAGGACACCACGUUCCUCAUGACCAUCACAAUGGCCGCCUUCUACCUGCCCAGUCUGCUGGUCGGCGUGUACCUCGUCGCCACGACCAGCCAUUGCCUCUGA